CGCUCUGCAUAAAACCAGAGUUUGAGGAACAAGCUGCCAAGAAAGCGCUGUCCACUGUGAUAAAGGCCCACGCUGACACAAAACGUUUUUUCGACUCGCUUGGUGGAACCGGGAGAACAGUGGUGUCGGGACCUUUAGGAUCCCACCUUCGCGUUCCCAGACAUGGCUGGGCUCGACGGACUCAGGGUACUGCUGCUGCUGGCUGGGCUGGUCGCCAUGGCAAACUUUCAGGCGAAUCCCGCUGUAGAGCCGAAGACUCUCACUAGUCAGGUGAAUCCCACUGGUCAGGUGAAUCCCACUGUAAAGCCGACGACUCCCACUGGUCAGGUGAAUCCCACUGUAGUUCUGGCGACUGCCACUGGUCAGACGAAUUCCACUGUAGUUCUGGCGACUACCACUGGUCAGUUGACACCCACUGAUCAGAGUACCACAGUCUCACCCUCACGCACUGCAGUCCCAACCUCAAGCACUGCAGUCCCAACCUCAAGCACUGCAGUCCCAACCUCAAGCAAUGCAUCCUCACCCUCAACCAAUUCAGCCUCACCCUCAACCAAUUCAUCCUCACCCGCAAGCACUGCAUCCUCACCCGCAAGCAAUGCAUCCUCACCAUCAACCAAUGCAUCCUCACCCUCAACCAAUUCAUCCUCACCCGCAAGCACUGCAUCCUCACCCUUGAAAACUUCAAGUCCAAACCCAAGCAGUCUUCCCCAGAAUGUUACCACACAAACCAGUGUUCCCACAGCCACCACAGGUCCUCCAGCCCCCAUGUGUAAAUACAGCGGGGAAGCAGAUAAGACUGGCUUUCUGUUCACCUUUGAAAACGUCACUGAGGGCAACUACAGCAUCGAGCUCACUAAACGAAGCACCAAUGAAUCGAACAAAGUGACCGUGGCCCUGAGUGGCACAAACCAAACCCAUCUUCUACAAUACCUAAAGCCUUCGACUGAUUACACAGUUCACAUUAGUCCAAGCAAACAUCUAACAGUAACGUGUGGUAGGAAUCUGGAACUGAAAACCAAUGGCAUCAAUCAGGAUGAAAUUGUAGAACUUCCAACCGAUUCCUACCAAGAUAUUUGUUACGAGACUGAAUGGAAUAUCUGGAAUACCGUGUUUAAUGUGUCAAGCAAAAAGUAUAAAUUCUGCAUCAAACCGAAGUACACAGACCUUUGUACAAAUUUGACAACCUCAUUGAACAGUUAUCCCCCAUUGAACUUCACCAAAUGGAUCAGUUUAGAAUACUUGAAUCCGGACAACAUUAAACUUGAAGUUCCCAAUAAACUUCCAGCAGAAAUCAACUGGAAGAAUCAAAAGGAUUUAAAAUGUGAAGGUCUUGGAAUUAAUUUCACCUGCGAAGGCCCUGAUAAAAAGAAAUACAAGCUGGAUAAGCUAGAGCCUUACACGAAAUACACAUGCACUGGUGUACUGUAUAACCUGCAUAACAAAACCAUUGCCAUUGAAAAGAGAGUCACCAAAGAAGUCAACAUCACUUGUGAUCUAGAACUGAAGGUGAGGGAUACACCUAGCAAAGAAAGUGUAAAGUUUAAAUGGAAUGCAAGCAGCAAACACUGUCCAAAUCUCUCACAGCCUUACGACCUCUCGUACAGUUGUAACUGUGUUCGGAAAGGCCAGGCUCGUAACAGUAAGGCCAUCGAUGCUCGCCCCUCAAAGGCGCGUUCUUGUGAAGUGACUGGUUUGCUGCCCUUCACUGAGUAUAAUUGCGAAAUUCAACCUAAUUUCAACGGUACACCCAUUGGCACGGCAACCAAUAAACAGAGCAAAACCAGCGCUGGAGUGCCCCAAGACGUUACAAUUAAACUAACAACUCAGGUGGAGAACAAUGCCUUCAAGGUGGAAUGCACUGAUUUAAAAAAGGAGGAUUGGAAAGGUCCAAAAAUAUUCUACCACGCCACAAUCACUGGAUCUGAAGAAAAAAAAACCAACGAAAAAUGUUUUUUCCAAUUCGGUGAUCUGAGCUACUCCACGGGGUACACGGUAUCGAUCGUCGCCUUCAAUGGAGUGAAUUCCGGGAAAGCGUUGAUAGUCCAACUUCAGACCAGCUAUCCUACGGCGGGGGUUCUGCUGCGUGUCCUGGUGCUGCUGGGCUUCUCCGUCCUGACCCUGGUGGUUGUGCUCCACCUCAUUGACUGGUGGAGAACCAGAGGUAACAAGACGGCAACAGAAGAGUGCAUUGGUCUGAACUCUGCCAGCGACGCACCACCAGCCAGAGAACACCUCGGCCCAGGGGCCAGUGACGAGCAGCUGCACACUGUGGAUAUAGACAUGGACCAGCCUCCCAGGGGCCCCACUGUGGUCCAGCGUGGUGCGCAGAGGGCCGUAGGCUCAGCACAGGACCAAGCGGAUCCUGGUGAAAUUAGCGAUGAUGAGGCUACCUAUGAAAACCUGGAGGACCCUCCCAGAUGUGUUGAGGACACUGCAGACGCAGGCGUCCAUUGUGUCACCGUCCACCAACUGUCAAAAUGACAAACGUCUGGACAACACGUGAUGAAGCAGGGGGAAGUUGUCGGAGCUAACUUGUUGUGGCUGUGUUCAGAUGCAUUAUAACCGACUGAACAAACUUUGUUUCCCUUGGUCCUUAAAAAAGCAGUUAGACCUACAAAACAAGCAGUAGAUCUACACUCGGUAGUCCUUAACACCAAUUAGGCUGUACAUAAAUUACUA